AUGAGUAAAGUGACGUCGAAAGUGGCUCCAAAACGGGCAAUCACGGACUUCUUCACUGUGAAACGUCACCAGUCGUCUGCAGUGACCAAGCUGGCAAUUUCAGAGAAAAAGGACACCAAAAAAGAAGCUUUUGUCGAGAAACAGAUCACCCUGCAAACAGUCACCACCAGCACGUUUGAUAAGCAGAAAUGGAUCGAUUCGUUGACUCCGGACCAAAAAGACCUUCUGCGUCUCGAGAUCGAGUCUAUGGAUGUCUCAUGGCUCUCGCUGAUCCACCAGGAACUCACCAAGCCGUACUUCCUCAACCUUAAACGGUAUCUACAAACAGAGUGGAAAAACCAGACCAUCUUCCCUCCCAAAGAGAACGUGUACUCCUGGACAAGACUGACGCCUGUGGACAACGUCAAGGUUCUUGUUUUGGGCCAGGACCCGUACCACAACUUCAACCAGGCCCACGGUCUUGCGUUUUCCGUGCAGGACCCUACACCUCCUCCUCCGUCGUUGAAAAACAUCUACAAGUGUCUCAAAAAGGAGUAUGCCAACUUCGAGAUCCCCAAGAAGGGCGAUCUGACCAAAUGGGCCUCUGGCGGCGUGCUCAUGCUCAAUACGUGUCUAACGGUGAGAGCACACAACGCCAACUCGCACUCUGGCCGUGGCUGGGAGCAGUUCACGAUGCAGGUGAUCAAGAAGCUGAUCGAACACACCAACAGAAGCGGCCGUGGCCUGGCAAUCGUCGCGUGGGGGUCGCCCGCCCAAAAGACGGUGGCCAACGCCGGCCCCAUCAACUGGUCCCAGAACCUGUUUUUGAAGUCGGUGCAUCCGUCGCCGCUGAGCGCGUCGCGCGGGUUCUUCGACUGUCACCACUUCACCAAGUGCAACGCGUGGCUCGCAGAAAAGUACGGCGCCGACGCGCAGAUCGACUGGGCGCUCGUGGAUGGCAACUCCGUGCUCCACACGUAG